CUCCACUCCACCCUCACACGACACGCCCUCUUUGCCUCGCCGCGCCGCCCCGUCCUUCGCCGCGAUGUUCAAGCGCAUCGCAAAGCUCGCGCGCUCCAUCGAGCGUGAUGAAGCAGCGGGCAUUCCUGUUGGGCAAGAUGUGCCGCCCGAGAUGAGGAUCGACGAUUCGGACUCGGACUCGUCCGAUGAGGAGAGCGAGGAGGAAAGCGAGGAGGAGAGCAGCGAUGAGGAAGCGAGCGGCAGCGCUAGCGCCAGUGGCAGCCGUGCAGCCGGCAAGGCUGCUGCGCGCGACUCGGGGGACGAGGGCGCCGACUCCGACGACGAUUCGGAGGAGGAGUCCGACGACGAGGCCGAAGACGAGGACGAGCUUGGCGUGGCAGCCGCAGCGGCCAAGUCCGAGCCGCCAUUGAGCAUCGAGCAGUCGUUGCAGUCGCAGAUCUACGUCGACAAGCGCGCGCCGAAGCGUGGCGACUUCCUCGUGCGCAGCUGUGUGUGCUGUCCGUCGGUGCAGCUGAAGAGCGAUGGGAUGGUCGAGGUGCAUUUGGGGAGCAAUGGCCAUCUUCGUCGUCAAGCGCGCUACGUUGCCUACGUCGCCGCCAAGCUCAACGAAGUAGAGCGCACGGCGCCCUUCUCAGAGGGAGGCGCAGACCCAAGAGGCGUGCAGGCCGAAAUUGACAGGGACAGGAAUGAGGCGGAGAAGAAGCGCAAGGAGCAGAGAGCUGAGGGCAAGGCUGGCAAGAAGGCUAUGCCAGAGAACCUCAGCGCCAAGGCCAAGGCUCGUAUCGAGCAGCGCCGUGCCCUCAAGGAUGCGCGCGCCACGCGCAAGCGCGAGAAGAAGGCCGCUCGCAAGGCUCAGGCUGCUGCAGCAGCCGCUGCGGCUGGCGAGGCUGGCGCGCCGGCUGAUGAGGCUACCAAGGCACCCGCGCCGAAGGACGGCGAGGCGCCAGAGGAAGAAGAGAAGAAGGGAAAGCAGGAACGCAAGAUCAAGCCGCUCCCGGCGCCGGGCAAGGGCACGGCAAAGCCCAAUCGCAAGCAACGACGACGCGCUGCUGCUGCGGCGGCGGCAGCUGCGGCGGGCGAGGGCGCGGAGCUUGGAGGCGAGGGCGACACUGCUGCUGCGGCGACUCCAGCGGCGAAGGGAGCGGAGGAGGGAAAGGAGAUGAAGGAGGGCGGAGAGAAGAAGAAGAAGGGCGAGAAGAGAAAGGCGGCAGCUGCGACUGCCGAUGGCGCCGUUGCGCCGGCUGCAGAGGGAACGCCACAGGCGAAGAAGGUCAAGCAAGCCAAGCCUGCUGCCGCCGCUCCCUCCACUCAAUCACCAGCUUCUAGCAAGGCCGCCCCGCAGCCGCAGCCGAAGAGCAAGGACGCGGCCAAAGGCAAGGGCAAGGACCGGCCGAAAGGCAAGGCCGCCCAAGCGAAGUACGACCGCGCACACAAGGCGGCUUUGGAGACGGGCAGGGCGGAGAAGAAGGCGUUGAAGCUGCUGAAGCGACAGGAGAAUCGGGAGGCUGCGGUGAAGAAGGCGAAGGAGGCGACGGCUGAUGCGCAAUGAGAGCCGAGGCGAAGGAGUAAUGUCACGAGAUGCACCGUCGACU